AAGCGGAAGGGAUGAGAAUGGUUUUAUCAACAACUAGUUCCUCGCUGGGCGCUGUGACAUGUUUCCGUCUACAAAAAUGCUUACUUUACUUCUUUUUAUUUCGCUUAUUAAUCUCCCAUUUUGUUCAUUAACUGACAGAAAUGACGAACCUAUAAUCGGUGUUCUGGCUCAGGAGGUCACAUCCCCGAAACCGGACCAGACGGCCUACAUCGCUGCCUCCUAUGUGAAGUUUCUGGAGGCUGCAGGAGCCAGAGUUGUACCUGUCAUGAUUAACAAGACACUGGAGGAAUACAAGACUCUGUUCAGCUCUAUUAAUGGGAUCUUGUAUCCAGGCGGCGGAGUCAGCAUCAUCUCAUCUGGCUACCAAAGAGCCGCCAAAAUCUUCUACGAUCUGGCCAUUGAGGCGAACAAGAGGGGCGACUAUUUCCCGGUGUGGGGCACCUGUCUGGGUUUUGAACAGCUCAUGUAUUUGACGAGUGAAAAGAGUCAGCUGUUUCACACCAACACGAGCGGUGUCGCUUUGCCGCUGAACUUCACUCCAGAGGUGAAAGGCAGCAGGAUGUUUGAGGAUUUUCCUCCUGACCUCAUGUCAGCUCUGUCCGCCGAGCCACUAACAGAAAACUCCCACCAGUGGAGCCUCGCCACGCUGACUUACAACACAAACGAGGACCUGAAGAGUUUCUAUAAAGUCCUCUCAACAAACACAGACGGAAACACUGAGUUUGUGUCAACAGUAGAAGCUUACAGUUACCCCGUUUAUGGAACGCAGUGGCAUCCAGAGAAAAAUGCCUUUGAGUGGUCCAGACCUUACAUUCCUCACUCCCCAUCGGCAGUCAGGACGACCUUCUACACGGCCCACUUCUUUGUGAGCGAAGCGAGGAAGAACUUCCACAGGUUUCAGUCUAAGGAGGAAGAGAUCAAAGCACUGAUAUACAACUAUAAUCCUGUUUACACUGGAAACGCAAGUGCCUUUGAGCAAAUUUAUUUAUUCUGAGAUUCCUCUUCACAAAGCUGUUCUGCUUCAAUAUGGACUUGAUAUUUUUAGUUUUCUAAUUAUCUGAAAAUGUUGUUUUGCACUGGAAAUUGAAUGAAGCGUCUGUGUUAAUGAUCAGCAUCACUAGCUUCUUUUGUAAAUUAGUUUUUCUGUUUGUUUUAAACACUUUUUGCUAAUUUCUUGAUUGUUUGAGACACUAAGUUGAAUUUUUCUGGAGGCUUUGACUUUAAACACUCCAACUGGAUCUGAGUAUUGAAUCAGAAACUGCUUAUUUAUACAAAAAAUGUAAAAAAUUGAAUAUAAUAAAGAAGAUGAUGUUUAUUUUUUUUGACAAUUUGCAGCAGUUGACUUUCAAUUAGAUACUUUUCAUUUGCCAAUUUUCUUUUUCUAAUGCAAAGUAUUUGUGGUAUAAAGUUUCCUAAAGGAUUCA